UUACAUUCGACGCUGUGAAACGGACGUUUCGAUAACGAAUUAACUUUUUUUUAAAAAAUUCGAGAUAUUUAUUGAAGUGAUAAUGAUUGUGUUUUUAUUAUUGAUAAUAUUAGGCUUUGUCCUUUUGACGUCCUGGUUGUUAUUAAAAAAUGAUUGCCGUAAAAUUAGUGUACCAGGACCAAAUCCCUUACCUCUAUUGGGAAACGGACAUUUAUUUGCUACUAAAUCCAGAGAGUUCCUGCCUCUUCUUCACAAACUAAAAGUGGAUCAUGGAGACGUAUAUCGAGUACACCUAUUCCACACGCCCUACGUUCUAUUAUCACACCCCAAGUACAUAGAGCCGCUUCUAUCUCACACAGAGCUAAUAACUAAAGGUCAAUCGUAUGACUUCCUGAGACCAUGGCUCGGCAACGGAUUACUGACGUCCACAGGUAGAAGAUGGAGAACGACAAGAAAAUUCUUAACGCCAGCCUUUCACUUCAACAUACUGCAGAACUAUUUGACAGUUUUCUUGAAAAACGAAAAGAUUUUAUUGAAAAAGUUACAAAACUUUACGGAUGGUAAAGCUUUUGACACUUUCCCUGUUAUUGCGUUGACCGCCCUGGAUAACGUAACAGAGUCAAUCAUGGGAGUCUCUGUCGAUGCUCAGAAUAACAGUGAAUCUGAAUACGUUAAAGCAAUUGAGAUUCUCGUAAAGAUAUUGUCGAUGAGAAUGAGGAAUCCAUUUUUCGGUGUUGAAGCAUUUUUCAAAUUGUUUAAAUAUAAAAAACAACAAGACGAUGCUCUGAAAAUUCUCCACUCUCACUCAGAAAAGGUCAUCAAAAUGCGACGUGAAGAAAUAAAAAAUUCAAACAAAAGUUUAAAUGAAAAUUCUGAUUUGGGUAUUAAGAACAAAUAUGCAUUUUUGGAUCUACUUCUCCUAUCUGAAGUCGAUGGUGUUAAGAUUAGUGACCAACACGUCAGAGAAGAAGUAGAGACAUUCAUGUUCGAGGGUCACGACACAACGACGUCUGGAAUCUGUUUUACGCUAUACUGUCUUUCACAUCAUCCCGACAUUCAAGAAAAACUUAUAGAAGAACAGAAAAAAAUACUCGGCGAAAAAUUAGAUAGGGAUCCAACAUACACGGAAUUGCAGCAAAUGAAAUACCUUGAACUUGUUAUAAGAGAAGGUCUUCGGAUUUAUCCUUCCGUACCAUUGGUAGAAAGACUUGUGACGAAAGAUACUGAUCUUGGUGAUGUAAAGUUGUUAAAAGGUUCAACAGUUAUCGUUAAUUUUUUCGAACUGCAUCGGCAUCCGGAACUUUAUGACAACCCCUUAGAAUUUCGUCCUGAGAGAUUGGACACUGUAUCUGCUAAUUCGGCGAAGAGCGCGUUUAGUUGGCUUGCGUUUAGUGCUGGUCCCAGGAAUUGUAUUGGUCAAAAGUUCGCUAUGAUGGAAAUGAAAGUUAUAAUAGCGAGUAUUGUCAAGAAUUUUGUUUUGUUACCAGUGGAAGUGAAAGAAUUAGGACUAUGUGCGGAACUUAUAUUGAGAUCGGAUGAAGGAGUCCACAUUAAACUGAAACCUAGAACUAAGAACUAUUAAUAAAUAUAUACUUUAUACUUUAAAUUAUAAAAUACACCCUUGGUUCAUACGAUAAAA